AUGGAGGAGGGUAUUCCUUCUUUUGUUCUGUAUAUUCUAAACUUUGUUGAUUUUGGAGAUGUCAACGUUGAUUUCCAAACCACAACUAUUCAGCUUGGUCUUCAUCAAGCUUGUUAUGAAAUGAAAGAAAUUUUUUAUGAAGCUUUAGAUUUGAAGAAUGUCCUUCACUCCUAUCCUGACACUCAACUCCGCAUAGUAGAUCAUUUCUAUGACUUGAUUACUCAUAAGUAUUCAUUGUUCAGUGUAUUGGAGGGAGAUAAGUUGGUCAUCCAAGCUUUGAAGGAGAAAUUGAAUUCUUUGGAUCUGCUGAGCAAAUAUGAUGACUCAAGUUUUGGGAAUUGA